AAAACAGCUGAUAGUCACAAUUCGAUAGUGACAAUAUCAAUAUCUGCAAUUAUUGCUGAAUAAAGUUAUGUGCUUGUGGGGAGUUUGAUGUGUCGUAGACCAUUACGUGUACACGGUCAAAGGUUGACGUGUUUUCGGGACGGGGUGAACAACGCCCGCCGUUCUGGCGCAUUAAAUGGCACUAUAUCACUUUACACGCACACACCACAUCAAACCGGUUACCGGGUGUUGGAGACCGGAGAAGCUCGAAGAUGCCUUCUCGUUCCGAUUAGUACUUCAGUACUCAGCGACCUUGAGUGUUGUACUCGCUGAGGUGGCUGAUCCGCCUAGACACUAGAAGGCUUCUAGCGAGGCGACCACCUGAAGUUCUUCGAGUGGCGAUCAUAGAUGAACGAGCUGAGUAAACAGUUGGUGGCCUAUAGCGCUGGUGCUGGGUUACCUGGUAUCGGCACCCGCUGGCACCGAUACAGGAAGAGUGAGAAUAUCUGCGACAGUUGCCACAGCUGCGUCUCUAGUACGCUCUUCUUUUUUACCGCGUCAUUACAAUGUGAACAUAUUACACGAAUCGAACGCAGUGUGGCGUCCAGCAGAGGCCAUCGUAAAGCAUAUCGGAGAAAACAACACACCGCUCGUUAUCGUUAACCCUUCACGACCUGAUUUUGAGACGGCCCACUAGUGGCCCAUGGCAUGACUGUAUCACGUUUAAUCCACGUUUCCUUAAGCAAUCCUGUCCCGUGGUAUUUAGGAGCUGAUAAGCUUUACUACCGCCGCCGCCGCCGCCGAAAUCGAUCAACGUACAAUGUUGUUUGUCAUUUCGGGCAAUAGGUUAACACGUGAGAUUAUGUAUACCGCGGCUUAUCACCUGCAGACAUUGUGUAAUCAGGGCGCGUUUCGUCAUAUCCUAUGUUCUGGGAGUCUAUUUAAUAGAAGCGGACUGGCCCACUAUUGAGGCAGUUCUGUAAAUCGAAGCUCCGACGAUGGCUGUAAUCCGGAAGUGUAGCUCACUGUUGGCAGCAGUUGUGCUGCUGGUGCUGGUAGCAACCUCGGCUCAGGCACAGGAGGAUGGUCCACUGUUCCCGCUGUCCAUCAUCCACUUCAACGAUCUGUACGCCCGGUACAACGAGGUGGAUCUGGAGGGGUUUGUCUGUAUUGGCCGUGAACAGUGCCAGGGUGGCUAUGCCCGGCAAGUGUCCAUCGUCCGCGAGCUACAGGCCCAGUCCAACCCAACGCUUUACCUGAACUCCGGUGGCAACUUUAAGGGAACGCUCUGGUACUCGGUGCACCGCUGGGAGGUGAUUGCGGCCAUGCUCAACGUCCUGCCAACCGAUGCGAUGACUCUCGGUCGGUUUGACUUCUUCCAUGGACUGGAAGGUCUGAACCCGUUCCUGGCCGCCUCCGAAAGUCCGGUCGUGCUGACCAACGUGGACAACUCGGGCGAACCCUCGUUCACGAACUUUGAGCGCUCGAUUGUCGUUGAAAGGGAGGGACGCCGGAUCGGUAUCCUCGGUGUUAUUCUGCCCACCGUGUCCGCCGUCGGUGAUCCCGGUAAUCUUACGUUCACCAAUCCGGCCGCAGCUAUCCGCGAGGAAGCGGAACGGCUGGACAGCGAAGGUGUUGAGAUCAUCAUCGUCAUCUCGUACAACGGAUUCAACGCCGAACGGAACAUCGCUCGGGACUGUGGACCGCACGUGGAUCUGAUCAUCGGUGGACAAUCGAACACGGUGCUGUUCAGUGGCGAACCGAAUGGUUUCCCGCUCGAAGUGGAAGGCGAGUAUCCGACGGUGGUAUUCCAACCGGAUGGACGGCGUGUGCUGGUGGUGCAGGCCGGUUCCUACGGUCGACUCGUUGGCAACCUGACCCUAUUCUUCGACGAAGAAGGUGAAGUCGAACGGUGGGAGGGUAAUCCGAUUUUCCUGUCCGAGGACAUUGCCGAAGAUCCGGCCGUUCUCAGUGCGUUGGCACCGUUCCGACAGGAGGUGGAACAGAUCGGAAACCGUACCGUGGCCGUGUCGGAAGUGGUCAUGUCGCGCAGUGAUUGCAUUACCGGCGAGUGUCCAAUCGGAAGCCUCAUUACCGAUUCGAUGGUCCGUGCCUUCUUCCCGGUUUACAAUGGUAUUGCUCUCCACAAUCGUGGUGGCAUUCGAGCCGAUCUACCUACAGGAUCGAUCAGCUUUAAGCAGCUGUUCGAGGUGUUGCCCUUCGAGAACCGGCUCUACUCGUUGCUGCUACGUGGCGACUACCUGAUCGCUGCCCUGGAACAGAGUGUCCGCAAUGCCCAGGUUGUGAAUGGGACGGUCGAAGCGAGGAAUCUUCUGCAAGUUUCGGGUCUACGCGUGACGUACCGGAUCAACAACCCACCGGGACGACGUCUGGUAUCACUGGAAGUGCUUUGCCAGCAGUGUACGGGCGAGGUGUACGAACCGGUCAAUCCGUUCCGUGAGUACCGUGUCGUUGUAAGUAGUUUCCUCGUUGAAGGCGGCGACGGAUUGACGGUUUUCCCUCGAGAAGGCCAAGAGGUCGAGGAAGGACCCGUGGAUUUGGAUGCUCUGGAUGAGUACAUCGGGCAACUGUCACCGAUCAACUCGGUUGGGGGUGAUCGCAUCCGUUUCGUGUUUUAGGUCACGAUAAGGGUGAUUGCGUUAACCGUUUGCUGUAUUAUCGUUAGUAGAUAAGAUCGAAAUAAACUCUUCUAGCACAGUGUUAGAGAC